UGGGCAGGGAUCGGCCGAGAGUAAAAAAAAAAAUCCUGCUGUAGUGUUUUGUUAGCUUUUUCACCUCAACCUGUUUUUCAACUCCUCGGAAGACGCGCUGGGCUGCCCUGAGUGGUUGAGUUUUGUCUGAUGACGAAGAGACUUAAAAGCGAGGAGGACGGUGAAACAAAGCAAGGCAAGAAAAAUCCCGUUGGAGCCGAAAACAUCAAACUACCUGCUGAGAAGAGGUAGACUGACUGAACUACAACAGAACAUACCAAGCAGAAAGUGGACAGCUGGCGUAUUUUGUGUUAAAUAAGUCUGUCACUUUGACACUAAAAUGUAAAAGAGGAAUUACAGCUGGGGCUUCUUUGUUAUUUUCUUAGGUUCAAGGACGGCUCAAGUGCACCCUCUGUUGUUGGUUUGAGGUUUAUGUUAAAAGAGACCAAUUUCAGUAAGAGGAGCUUUGGUAACCAGAGAUUUGCUACUUUUUUUCCCUGUUGAGUUCUUGGUGUUGGUAUCACAAAGUAUAAAGCCAUACAGAUUAUUGGUUAAGAUGUCACUUUCCAUUGAGUGGCUACGAUACCGUCAUGGAAAAUCAUCUCUCAGUGAAACAUCCGAAAAAACUCCUUUAUUACAUUCCUCACCAGCACCUUGGCAGAAGAAGCGACUUGUCAUUCCAAACAAUGAAAGCAACACCCGGGGCUUACAGGAAAUUACAAGAAGCUAUCUGGGAAAUGAAAUAAAAACUAACAAAUAUUCUGUAUUCAGCUUUAUGCCAAAGAACCUGUUUGAGCAGUUCCACAGGUCUGCAAAUGUAUAUUUUCUCUUCCUGGUUAUUCUCAAUUGGUUCCCACAGAUUGAGGUUUUUCACAGAGAGAUCACUAUGCUGCCCCUGCUAGUUGUGCUUUCCCUAACUGCUGUUAAAGAUGCCAUUGAAGACCACAGAAGAUACAAGUCUGAUGUGCAACUAAAUUAUAAAGUAACUCAGGUUUAUGACAGCACUCUAAAGGAUUAUGUGGAGAAAUGUUGGAAAGAUGUUAGAGUUGGAGAUUUUGUUAAAGUGGUGUGCAAUGAGAUCAUCCCAGCUGAUAUCCUCCUCCUACACUCAUCUGACCAAAAUGGCAUCUGUUAUAUUGAAACUGCAAACCUGGAUGGGGAGACCAACCUGAAGCAAAGGGAAGUCGUGAGAAGUUUCUCCAGAGUGGAAACUCCAUUUCAACCUGAAUAUUUCAAUGGGAAAAUAAUUUGUGAGAAGCCAAACAACGAUCUCAACAGGUUUAAAGGCUAUCUGGAAACACCAAACUCAAAAAAAAUUGGGUUUAAUAAAGAGAAUCUUCUUCUACGUGGUUGCACCAUAAGGAACACUGAAGAGGCAUCUGGGAUAGUGGUGUAUGCAGGUCAUGAAACCAAGGCCAUGUUGAAUAACAGUGGCCCCCGUUACAAACGCAGCAAGCUGGAGAGACGCUUGAACAUUGACAUUUUCUUCUGUGUUGGACUGCUGGUUGUGAUGUGUCUUAUUGGCGCAAUAGGUAAUGGGAUAUGGCAGACGCAAUUCCCUGAGUUGCCUUUAUUUGAAGUUCCAGAUGAAAAUGGCAAUUCCACACCUCCUGCUUUGGCUGGUUUCUACAUGUUCCUUACUAUGAUCAUUUUAUUGCAGAUCUUGAUUCCCAUCUCUCUUUACGUGACCAUUGAGUUUGUGAAGUUGGGUCAAGUCUUCUUUAUUAACAAUGACCUCAGCCUCUAUGAUGAGCAUACAGACAGUCGAGUGCAGUGUCGCGCUCUGAAUAUCACAGAGGAUCUGGGUCAGAUCCAGUACAUCUUCUCUGACAAAACAGGAACACUAACAGAAAACAAAAUGGUAUUCCGCCGCUGCACUAUCAUGGGAACCGAAUUCUGUCAUCAGGAGAACGCUUUGCGCUUAGCUGCCCAUGGAGAAGCAGACUCUGAUGAAGAGGACAGAGCAGCCCCACGCAGGGAGCUCAGGGGUCGACUAAAACAAAAUCACGGCAAGCAAAAUCAGAAGAACCUAAGGAGAUGUCACAGUGCCCGGGCAUACUAUACUGGACAACGAAGGAAGAAGUCCAUUGGACUGGUGGACAGUGAAGUGGCCUUCAGCAGUCCAUUAGAAACUGAUGUAACUCCUGACAAGAAACUCUUGAAAAUUGUGAGAGAAGCCACAGCCCAGAUGGACACCUGGUGUAUGGAUGGACAAGCCUCUGACAGCUCAUAUAUUGAUUUUUUCCUUGCCUUGGUUAUCUGCAACACUGUGAUAGUCUCCACAGCGACUGAGCCCCGUCAAAGGGUGACAGAGCCACCAACGCUUAAGCCUUCCACGUACUCUCUUGAGAAACUACAUUACUUGCUGCAGAAACUAAAAACUGGAAAAAUCAGCCAGGCCUGGACUUCUAAUCAGUCCAACUCUGAUCAGUCCAGUGGAACAAAGAAGGCCCAGGCAAUUGCUGAUGGUACUGAGCCACCCGAGGGCAGUUGGUGUGAAGUGGAGAGUAAUGGUGCCUCUGGGGGUUGUAUUGAGAAGAGCUGCAGCAGUAGAAUUAACAUGGAGAGCAAAGAUGACUCACAAGGCAUCACUGGGGAGGACCAUGUUGGGUCUGAACUUUGCUAUGAGGCUGAGAGUCCUGAUGAAGCAGCCUUGGUUCACGCAGCCAAAGCCUAUAACUUUACACUUCUCUCCAGAACCUCAGAGCAGGUCACUGUACGUCUACCUCAAGGUGCCAUACUAACUUUUGAGGUCCUUCGUACAUUAGCUUUUGAUUCAGCAAGGAAGAGAAUGUCCGUGGUUGUCCGGCAUCCACUUACGAAGGAGGUCGUUGUCUACACAAAGGGAGCUGACUCAGUCAUCAUGGACCUGCUAGAAACUCCUUCACGUGAACAUCCAGAGGAGGAAAAAAAAAUGAAAAGAACAGCAGCAAAGACGCAAAAACAUCUCGACUGGUAUGCAAAAGAUGGACUGCGAACACUGUGCAUUGCUAAAAAAGUAAUAAGUGAGGAUGCAUAUGAACAGUGGUCCAGUUUUAGACUUGAAGCGGAGACGGCCAUUGACAACAAAGAUGAGAUGCUGCUGGAGACAGCUUUGAAUCUAGAGACCAACCUUACUUUGCUGGGUGCCACUGGUAUUGAAGAUCGGCUGCAGGAAGGGGUGCCAGACACCAUUGAGGCACUCCGGGAAGCUGGUAUUCAAAUAUGGGUGCUAACAGGAGACAAGCAAGAAACAGCAGUCAACAUCGCUCACUCCUGUAAGUUGUUAGAUCAAAAGGAUAUCAUCUACACUAUCAAUACCGAUAGCAAGGAGACCUGCGAGUCUAUACUUGAUUGCACUUUAGAAGAGGUUCUACAGUAUGCACCUGCCAGGCCAGCUUCCACUGGUGUUCUGAAUAUGAAUGUAGGUUUCACUUCGCCCCCUGUGGCCAACUGCCCCACAUUCGGCCUGGUGAUUGAUGGGCGAACACUUAGCGUUGUGUUUCAAGGAGAGCUGCAGAUGAAAUUUCUAGAGCUGGCAAAACAUUGUCGCGCUGUACUAUGCUGCCGUGCUGCACCCCUACAGAAGAGCCAGAUUGUCAAGCUGGUGAGAGACAAACUGAAGGUCAUGACACUGUCAAUAGGUGAUGGUGCCAAUGAUGUUAACAUGAUCCAAGCAGCUGAUAUUGGAAUCGGGAUCUCUGGUCAGGAAGGAAUGCAGGCAGUAAUGGCCAGCGACUUUGCAAUUUCACGGUUUGAGUACUUAAAGAAGCUACUUCUUGUUCAUGGACACUGGUGCUAUACUCGUCUGGCCAAAAUGAUUAUCUACUUCUUCUAUAAAAAUGUGGCAUAUGUGAAUCUUCUUUUCUGGUACCAGUUCUUCUGUGGUUUCAGUGGAGAAUCCAUGAUUGACUACUGGAUGAUGAUAUUCUUCAAUCUUUUCUUCACUUCUGUGCCCCCCAUUGUUUUUGGUAUUAUGGAUAAAGACAUUUCUGCUGAGAUGCUGCUUGAUUUACCCCCACUCUAUAAAAGUGGACAGAAUUCAGAGGGUUACAAAUGGAGUACAUUCUGGAUCGCUAUGUUGGAUGCCUUCUACCAAAGCCUUGCAUGCUUUUUUGUUCCUUACUUUACAUACAAAGACUCUGAUAUUGAUGUAUUUUCAUUUGGGACACCAAUUAACACAGUGGCAUUUUUUACCAUCCUUUUACACCUGGCAAUCGAGAUUAAAACUUGGACUUUGAUGCACUGGGCCACAAUGGCAGGAAGCAUUCUGUUCUACUUUGUGGUAUCUCUUGCCUAUUGUGCCACCUGUGUCACCUGCAAUGCACCUUCAAAUCCUUACUUCAUCAUGGAAAUGCAAAUGGCAGAUCCUGUUUUCUACCUAGUAUGCUUUAUUACUCCUGUCAUUGCACUUCUACCAAGGUAUUUAUUCCGAAUAAUGCAAGGAACUUUCUCGCAAGCUCUGGUAAUUGAAGCUCGAAAGCUGGAUAAACUGGAUAAACACAACAAGGAGAAGGUGCUCAGGCAAUGGAGGAUAAACCUGCGGUCCAGUGACACUACUUCCCCUAGGUCCGACAUGUCGUCUCCUCUGUCCCCCAGAUAUAUCACUGCCAACACCAUUAAUCAGGAGGCAUCUUUCUCUUUGGAAACAGACAAUACCAGACAUCCUGGAAAAUGGAAAGUGAAUGGCGCAGACGGGCCACUGCCGCCCCAAUCGGGCCAAAUGGAAAGUGAACACAACUGUGGCCUGGUGGUUACGUCAGAUGGCAAUACUGACACUCCUAAAGACAACUCUGAUGCCUUCUGCUUGGGACAUCAACGCUCCUUCAGCAUAAUGACUAUUUAAUUUAUUAUUUUGUGGACUUUCAUUUUGUUUGUGCAAAGUUGCUAUCGCCUUUUUUUUAACUAAUCCCAUAUUGGGAUGCAAUUUUUUUUUUUAAAGUGGAACAAUGUUUGUUACUAAAAUGACCAACAUACAACAUGCAUAAUAUUUCAGCAUGAUGUAAAUUAUGAGAAGACUGAAUUCUUAUAAUGAAAAUGUUUACAUUUUUUAUGUGAAGUGCAAAAAUUAGAUUUUUUAAAUUUUCUUUAUAUUUACUAUUCUCCUUCCAGCCAUAACCACUGACUUGUCCUCCCUAUUUCUGGUUGUGUGCCUUACCUGCCAAAGUGGCAUCCAUAGGGCCUAGUAAGACAAGUCAACAGGAAUGUUUAUUUGACUUUUUGUUAAAUGGUGCAAUAAGAUAUAAACAGAGCAAUAUGCCAAAGGGCACCACACACAUACACAUGUGUGCAGGCAGGCAGCAAAUCUUAGUUAUCAAUGGGGGUGAAUUAAAUAAAAACAACCACACUUGGCCAUUUGAAUUAUGGUACUGGGGAUGCCUGCCAUGCUUAACUCAGCAGUGCUCAGAUUUUCGACACAUCCCGGUCCUCCUCUCCAUCCUCUUUUUCUUGCACUCAUCCUUUGGACUUGGACAUUUAAAUGAGAUGUGUAGCCAGAAUGAAGGACCAUCCCCUCCUAACUCUAACAAGUCUGGUGACACGAGACUACAUUGGGAUGAGUGUGCACACCGCGCUCUUGUACGGACCGGCUCGAUGAGUGCAUCUCACUGAAGAACUGCUAAGUCAUUUCAGGGCAUGUUAGGCUCAGUUAUGGUGUCCGUUUACAAUCACAAUACUUGAAGUUUUGCUUGACAUCACCGCCACUUGACCACUCACACAUGAAUUAAAUGUGGGGCCUUCACGACUCACUUUUAUAGCCUUGGGUGAAAUUACCAAAGGAAGCUACCUCUACCUCCUGUGCAAAAAAAAAAGAAAGAAAUAUUCUCUGUGAUUUAUAAGUUUAAAUGUAGCAUCUUUCUGCACCAGCAGAAGCUGACUAAGUGUGAUUUCACUGAGGGUCAAAAAGCAAUAAUUGAAAAUCUCAAUUUGUUUAUAUCUGCACUAGGCAUUUCAGAGAGAGAAGCAGGCAUUGUGCCUUCAAAUUGUGCCUUUCUAUCAUUUUUAAUAAUUAAUGAUUACAAAUUAUCGACAAGCAAUGAAACUAUGAAUACUCAGUUUUGCAUCUUUCAGUCAUGAAAAGGUGAGCAGGUUUGGGAGCAUCGCACAGCUUAACCGAACCUACAAGGCCAGCGCAACUUGCGUCUUGGCUCCUUCAAAAAGAGAUUGUGUUUGAGUUGAUUAUUUUAGCCCCUAGUACUAAUAUUUUUUAUUAAUUUAUUGAAUGAAAUGACACAGCUGGAGCAUUCUGUUUUUUUAAGAUGCAGCAGAAAUAGAUUUUCUGGUAAACAGUCGCUUAUUAUCUGUUUGUACGGUGAUACAGUUAAAAAGGAUUACUUGCAGUGCAAUAAUGGGGGCUGCGUCACCCACAUGUUAUGUAAUCUUACAAUGAAGGAACUGAAAAUUCAAUU